AUUAAAUGCACACACACACGGGCGCACAGAGACGGACGACUUGAAAAUAUUCCAGAGAAGGCGAUUUUGUGCUCGUGCAGCACAGCGUGGCGUGGAAAGGCUGCCUGCAGAGCUGGCUGGCACUGGUUUAUUUUGUUGCAAUAUUUCCUUCCACCCCCAGCUCUUCACCCAGUGGAAUGAUACCCAGAGCAAGUUUUUUGAGACAGGAAGUGAGGAAUGUUUUCACUAUGAGUGAUCUGAGAAGAAGGUGGGUUAGUCGAGAUAGCAGCUGUGCGGUGCGGGAGGAGCACAGUAAGGCAGUACAGGAGUACAGAUGAGAUGGCUCCGCCAGAAGACAUCUCGGAGCACUGUGGUUUUUCUUCAGCUGCACAUAUGUGAAAGGAGGCUCGGUGUCUUCAGAUCACAGCAAAAGGAUUCCAGUGGAUGCCCCCCUACUUGUGUGUUGGUGGAAAAAUUGCUUACCUUUAAUGGAUACUGCUGCUGGUGGUUGAUUGUUGGAGACUUUACAGCUCCUUACUGUUUGAGAGGAAACUGCUGCUUUUUCUCUCUCAAGUCCCUGGUGGUGGUAGCUUUUUAUCUCCAACCAUCGGUGUGGGAAAGAAGAUGCCUCUGCCUUUUGGGUUAAAAUUGAAACGAACUCGACGCUAUACAGUAUCCAGCAAGAGUUGCUUGGUGGCUCGGAUCCAGCUACUCAAUAAUGAAUUUGUGGAGUUCACACUAUCUGUGGAAAGCACAGGCCAGGAAAGUCUGGAAGCAGUGGCUCAGAGGCUUGAGUUGCGGGAGAUAACGUAUUUCAGUCUGUGGUAUUACAACAAGCAGAAUCAGCGCAGAUGGGUAGAUUUGGACAAGCCUCUGAAAAAGCAGCUGGACAAAUAUGCCUUGGAACCAACAGUGUAUUUUGGAGUAGUGUUCUAUGUGCCUACUGUUUCUCAACUUCAGCAGGAGAUUACCAGGUAUCAGUAUUAUUUGCAAUUAAAGAAAGAUAUCUUGGAGGGCAACAUUCCUUGCACAUUAGAACAAGCAAUACAUUUGGCUGGUCUGGCAGUUCAAGCUGAUUUUGGAGACUACGAUCAGUAUGAAUCUCAGGAUUUUCUACAAAGAUUUGCUUUGUUUCCUGUGGGUUGGCUACAGGAAGAAAAAAUAUUGGAAGAAGCGACACAGAAAGUUGCCUUACUACAUCAGAAAUACAGAGGCCUUACUCCUCCUGAUGCAGAAAUGUUAUAUAUGCAAGAAGUGGAGAGAAUGGAGGGCUAUGGUGAAGAGACCUAUCCUGCAAAGGACAGCCAAGGAAGUGACAUAUUCAUUGGAGCAUGUCUUGAUGGUAUCUUUGUGAAACACAAAAAUAGCCGGCCUCCUGUUGUAUUUAGGUGGCAUGACAUUGCCAACAUGUCCCACAACAAAUCCUUUUUUGCAUUAGAACUUGCAAACAAAGAAGAGACAAUCCAAUUCCAAACGGAAGAUAUGGAAACAGCAAAAUAUGUGUGGAGGAUGUGUGUGGCUAGACACAAAUUUUACAGACUAAAUAAAUGCAGCUUACAAACACAGCCCAUUACAGUGAAUCCUGUUAGAAGGCGGUCUUCUUCCAGGAUGUCUAUGCCCAAGCCUCAAGCUUAUAUGAUGCCUCCACCACCUCAGCUGCAUUACAAUGGUCAUUAUACUGAACCAUAUGCAUCUUCCCAAGAUAACCUCUUUGUGAGCAGUCAGAAUGGAUACUACUAUCACUCUCAGACUAGCUUGGAUAGAGCCCCUCAUGACUACAGUGGUCGAAUCCGCAAUGGUAGUGUCUAUAGUGCACAUAGCACAAACUCCUUGAACAACCCACAACAUUACCUGCAGCCGUCCCCCAUGUCCUCUAACCCAAGCAUUACUGGGAGCGAUGUCCUCAGAACUGAUUAUGUUCCAUCACAUAGACAUAGUGCCCUAAUCCCACCAUCUUAUCGGCCCACACCAGACUAUGAAACUGUGAUGAGACAACUCAAUAGAGGAAUGGUACACACAGAUAGGCAGAGUCAUUCAAUGAGAAAUCUUAACAUCAGCAAUACAUAUGCUUACAGCAGGCCUGACGCCUUGGUUUACAGCCAACCUGAAAUACGAGAACAUGCCCACUUCACUUCCCCACAAUCUAACCAUUAUCCAUUUAACCUGAACUACAGUUUUCAUAGCCCAUCCCCCUAUCCCUAUCCUGCUGAGAAACGCCCAGUUGUUGGGGCAGUCAGUGUGCCUGAAUUGACAAAUGUGCAGCUCCAGGCUCAGGAUUAUCCAGCACCAAAUAUAAUGAAGACCCAAGUCUAUCGACCACCUCCCCCAUAUCCAUAUCCAAGACCUGCAAAUAGUACUCCAGACCUUUCUCGACAUAUCUACAUUAGCAGCAGCAACCCAGAUCUAAUCACGAGGCGAGUUCAUCAUUCUGUCCAGACAUUUCAGGAAGACAGCCUGCCUGUGGCACAUUCUCUACAGGAAGUCAGUGAACCUCUAACAUCGGCGCGCCAUGCUCAGCUGCAGAAAAGGAACAGUAUUGAAAUUGCAGGCUUGACUCCCAGCUUUGAAGGAAUAAGAAUAAAAGAGAGGACCAUGUCAGCAUCUGCAGCAGAUGUGGCUCUUCCAAGAGUUAUUUCGGAAGGGUCACAGCCCAACAUUCUGAUAGAGAGAACAAAGCAAAAAGAAAAUGAGCAUGAUGAAGGUGUGAACUGUGAUCACAAGAAAACCCUUUCAGAUGCCACUAUGCUGAUUCACAGUAGUGAGGAAGAAGAAGAAUUUGAAGAAAACAAAGCUAGUACUAGCCUCUCUCCUCUUCCUGAAGAUCAAACCCAGCUUUCAUCCAUUAUGGGUGGCUAUUCUCAUGAUUCUGUACUCAACUACCCCUAUAGCUCAGUUGCUUCAUCUACUGGCCCUUUGCAUAUUCUUGAGCCUAAAUUACAUAUUUCAGAAACGGAAAAGAGAAUGAAAGAUGUAAGUCCAGUUCAUUUACUAGUAGAAAACCAAGUACAGAGAAGAGGGGAAGGACUGCUUACUCCAUCUAUGUCAGAAUCUGACCUUACAACAUCAGGGAGAUACAGAGUAAGGAAGGAUUCAGUAAAGAAGAGACCUGUGUCCGAUCUUUUGUCUGGGAAGAAGAAUAUUGUGGAAGGCCUUCCCCCACUAGGUGGCAUGAAAAAGAAUAAAACUGAUGCAAAAAAAAUAGGGCCUCUAAAACUUGCUGCCCUAAAUGGACUAACUUUGGCUAGAAUGCCUCUGCCAGAUGAGGGGAAAGAGGAAUCAACAAGAGCAACAAAUGAUGAACGGUGUAAAGUUCUGGAACAACGGUUAGAGCAGGGGAUGGUAUUUACUGAAUAUGAGCGCAUUCAGAAGAAAAGGCUUAUAGAUGGUGAGUGCUCAAUAGCUCGGCUUCCUGAAAAUGCUGAGAGAAACCGGUUCCAGGACGUCCUCCCUUAUGAUGAUACCAGAGUAGAACUAGUCCCAACCAAAGAAAAUAACACGGGUUACAUCAAUGCGUCUCAUAUCAAGAUCUCUGUUGGUGGCAUAGAGUGGGAUUACAUUGCUACACAGGGCCCUUUGCAGAAUACCUGUCAGGAUUUUUGGCAGAUGAUCUGGGAACAAGGGAUUGCCAUCAUAGCUAUGGUGACAGCGGAGGAAGAAAGUGGGAGAGAAAAAAGCUUCAGAUACUGGCCACGUCUUGGCUCAAGACACAACACUGUAACAUAUGGAAGAUUUAAGAUAACCACACGAUUCCGUACUGACUCAGGCUGCUAUGCAACUACGGGACUGAAGAUUAAACAUCUUCUCACAGGACAGGAGAGAACAGUUUGGCAUUUGCAGUAUACUGACUGGCCAGAACAUGGCUGUCCAGAGGAUUUAAAGGGAUUUCUCUCAUACUUGGAAGAGAUACAGUCAGUGCGGCGCCAUACAAACAGCACUGCAGAUCCUAAAAACUCUAAUCCUCCUGUGCUGGUGCAUUGCAGUGCAGGUGUGGGACGAACAGGAGUGGUCAUAUUGUCAGAGAUCAUGAUAGCUUGCUUGGAACACAAUGAGAUGCUGGACAUCCCACGAGUGCUGGACAUGUUGAGGCAUCAGAGAAUGAUGAUGGUGCAGACUCUUUCUCAGUACACUUUCGUCUAUGGAGUUCUCAUUCAGUUUCUCAAAAGUUCUAGACUUAUAUAAUCCCUGCCAAUUCCUAAGGGACACUGCAAGAGUUUACAGAAAGAAAGCUACAGUUGUCCAGGCAGACCUGCUUUCACUUUUUUUUUCUUCUUCAUAUGAUGAAUCACGCAGUUAACUUUUAGGGCUGGUAUAUGGCUGUUAGAUACAAGUCAGUGUAGCAGUACUAGCAAAGCAGGAUCUUCACUGGACUAAAUUCUUCCUGUGUUCAGCUGGAGCCAAAUUAGGGAAUGAUUUUACUUGUACUGGUUUUUAGUACUUGUACGCAUUUUUUUAGGGUUGUUGGGAAAAUAAAUUUCUAACGGAAUGGAAAUACAUGGCACAACUUAAUAACUUUUUUUUUAACAUUAUAAUGAACUGUGCAAAAGCUAAAAUUUGUUAGUGCACAUGGGGAGAGAAAACUGCUUCUUGGGGAUGUCAAGGUCUUACACACAGUUUCUGCUUUCAAUUUUAUAUUUAGACAAAAAAACAUCUAUAUUUUUUUUAAAUGAAGUUUUGGUUUCCUCUGGUUUACUUAGCAGAACUAGCAGCUCUCAGAUACUUUAAGUUGUUGCUUUACGGGCAGUUAUUUUUCUAUUCAGCUUUUUUUUUUUUAACUUUCAAAAAAAAAGAACCCACCCAACUUUUAAAACACUAUUGUUUUUAGAGAAGAUUAUCUAUGCUUGAACUAAUUUCUUAAAAAUUGUGCUUACAGUUCUAGUGUAAUAGGUAGUAACAGAGUGCCGUGUAAUAGAACGACAAGUGAAAAAUCAUGUUAACUGUUGAUAAUUUCCAUUUGAGUGGAGGCAUAUUUGCCUAUUGACUUGUAGACUACAGGCAGGGAAAAAAUAAUAUAAUUAUCUAGAGUUCUUGGUAAUAAACAAAUGAGAGAAAGUACAUAUUCAGUAUUAUUCAAAAAUUUAGAGGACAGUUUGAUUUUACUGGCUGAAAUCAAAGUGGAUGCAAAUAUUUUAAGCACUUUUUUGCUCUGUUAUUUAUGUAGUUAAACAUAGAAACUAUAAUCAUAUAUUGUUUCAUAUGGUAAUAUGCUGUUACUAACCUAUUAUUUGAGGAAGAGCCUUUAAAGUUGAUGAAGUGAGAGAAGCAAAAUUGGAGUAAGAAGGUGCGUAGUGGUGAAGAUGAAAUAGUGGAGAUGUGGCAGCUAUGAUUGCUGGUUUAUGCAUGGCAAAGAUGACCAUUAAAAAUAUUUAUAUUUCCAGUCAGGAAAACCUUUGAAGCACCGGAAUUUUCUCUAGAGUCCUUCAGAUUAUUUUGUCAGCAGUAGAACAGAUUUUGCUAAUGCUGUGCAGCAUUGCAAUGAAGGAUGUUCACAGGAGCCAUUUGAGAAUGCCUGCAGAAUGUAAGAACGCUAAGAGGUAACACUGGAGAUGAGGUAUUUUAGUAACUGCGUAGGUUGCAGAGUAAAUGGUUGCGGCAUAGAUGUGAAGAUGUCCUACCCCUGGUAGGUUCUGUCUUGUCCCUGAAUAGCAUGGGUCUGAUCUGUUGACAGUAUCCUGAAUAGUUCUGUGUCUGUGUUUUUAAAAUGAGGACGGUGUGGUUUUGCCUACUUUUGGAGUGCUUUGACCCUAUACCAAAGUGAGCUAACUUGUUUGUAGACAUCUAGUGUAAUUUCCAACAAAAAAUACUAUGGUAGACAAGUGUGCAGGUACAUCUCAGUAUCCAUUUCCCACAGUACUUGCUUAACAAAAUGAAAUGAGUCCAUGAGAUUUUUUUCCACUGGUGAGAUGUUGUUAUUCCCUGAGUUGUGACAAGGCUUUGGAAGCUAUUAUGAAGCAUAUCCCCUCUCCUCUUGUGAAACAAUGAUUGUCCUCUCAAAACACAGAUUAAUAAAUGUUUUGUCAAUUUCCUUUUUAAUAAGCUGUUUCCAUAAAGAUAAACACAAGGUCCAAAUUACAUUGUGCUAAUAUUUCAUUCCAUAAAAUACGUGCUACUUUAAAAUACACUAUAAUAUUCAACUAGUGCAUUUGGUCUUCUUUCAGGCAGUCCGAAUUGUUCUACCCUCAGUAAAAAAAAAUAUUGAAUAUUUCAAAUGGAGGGAAAAAAAAUGCCUAGCAAGUAGUAACUGCCAAACAUAAAACUGAGUGGAAUAAUGCCUUAUUCCAGAGGAAUAACCUGGAAGUUAUUGAAGACUGAUUAUGCAUAUAGUCUUGCAGGCAAACAAGUUUGACAUGUAUGCGUCAACAGAAAUACCACUGAAUGAAGCAAAUGUAUUUGGCUAUUUGUGCUAUCUUCUGUUAUAGAAACAUUGAUUUGUUUUUCUUUCUUUUUUUUUUUUUAACCACAGUUUCUGAGUGAAAAAUGUAUGCUCCAGAAUGUAGCUUUUACCAUUUCCAAAGUUUGAGCUAUGAUCUUUAAAAUGUGAUGCAUGUGCUUUUAAUGAAAUUGUAGGUGACCAUAACUUUGUGCAACACUUUUCUGCCAUUCAGCAGCUCUUGGGACAGAAUGUCAGGUAUGAGGCAUUAAAAAAAACAAACAAGCAAUUUCAUUCCAAACUUGUGAGAUAGUUUCUGAGGUGGCUGAGGAAGCUUUUCCCUUCCAUUUUCUUCUCCGUCUUUCUGAGAGGAAGUGAGAUCACUUUCAGAGGUGUUAGCUCUCUAACCUGGUAGUCACAGUCUGUUUUUUUUAAAAGCAGUAACACUGCUACUUCCUCCACUUCAGCUUUUCAGUCUUUCCACUUGUAGUGCAUUUUUGCAUUAGUAAGACUUGACUUUCUAUGAACCUUCCUAAUGAAGGUAGCAGGCUUGUUUUUACAUAUAAGCAUAUGGUGCCAAGCGGGCAUUGAAAACAAGCAGUUUCUCUUCUGGAGAUACCAAAAGAAAUAAAACUCCACAAUCUCCUGUCACAAAACUAAUUUUAAAAAUGUUUAGAUUUUCAGAUAGCUUUUAAAAGAACAUUCAGUUUUUAGCACUUUCUUGUUCUGAGCCUUUAAGGGGAUGCUUUGUACAUGCUGUUGUGCUGGAUGCUUUGUGAAGUGUGGGACUUUAUAAGAAAAUCUGUGGCCCAAAUCCAGUCAGAGCCUGAGUGGAAAUUGGAUCCUUCUGUCAAAAGCUUAAAAUUGUUAGCCAUUUUGCCAGGUGUGCUUCUCUUACUAUGGGAGAGAAACCAGGUAAUUAUCAUGUAAGAUUUGAGCUGAACUUAUUUAGUAGGAAAAACAACAUAAUGCUGAUCUCUAGGAAUGCCAGAGUUCUCAGGGAUAAAUAAAGGUGCUAUAUUACUAUCAAGAGACAGAUGUGAGCGUCUUUUGUGGUCUAGGUGGUAAAUGCUUUCUUAGGAUCAAAUUCCUCAAAGAGUCAGGAAAGGAACCAAUAGAUUGCUGUAGGGGCUUCUGCACAUUUGAUUUCUGUCUUGUUUGCUCUGAAGAGAGAUUUUUUGGACAGGGAAUCCUUGUAAUCAUGGAAUCCCAGAUCUUCUUUAAAAACAUAAUUCGCAGCCCUGUUGAUUGUGACGAUGACACUUAGCAGGCUUUGCUGUCAACUGCAGCUCACUCUUCGCUCAUUCUUUGAUGGAGGAGCUUCAUGCUACAUGACAGUUUUGCACUGCUUCUCUGCAGCCCGCAAAACAGUGAUCCCCUUUUUCUGCUGCAUAUUGGAAUGCAGUCUCCAUGAAUAGCAAAAUUAAAGGCCUUGAUAUUGCUCUCACUGUGAUACCAUUUGCACACAUGAAAGGUGAAAACUACAACUGCAUAGGAAUGUAAUAAAAAAUAGAAGGUUGCAACCUUCAGAGAUGUUGAGUGGUCUUUAAGGUCCCUUCCAACCCAAGGUAUUCUGUGAUUCUAAAAUAAAUGCAUACUGGAACGGAAAAAUUCUUUACAUUUUGAGAAAGUAUGCAUUUUUUGUUCCUCUUUAAAGUGUGUGACACUUAAAGCACUUUUCUCCAAAAUACUUUCUUAAUUUUAGUAACUAAGGCUACCAGAGGCUGCUGGUACACUUAUCUUGUUGGAAUCUUUGUUAAAGUUGAGUGGCUCAUAGUUCUCAACAGCCUCUGGACCAAACCUGGGAACUGCGUGGUGGUUGUCUCAUAAGCUAGCACUGUAAUGAGACCUCGGUUUUAAUACCAGUACUGUUACUAAAACACUGCAGUUAAAAUAGUGAACUUGUUACUAUGCUACAAUGGUUAGCUCAAGUUAUUAAUUUAAAAGGAGCAACAGAUCAACUGAUAAUAAUUCUUUGCUUUAGGUAUUUAUUGUUCUAUUUUCCUUUCCAGUACAAAAAACACAUGCAAAGCCAGAGCCCAAUCCCUCAAGAGGUAAAAGUUCUGCAGUUCUCGUGAGUGGAUUAAGUAAUGCUUACUGCCAGUGAAAGCCCUUAAAAUGUGAAUAUUCACAUCUACUUUGAAUUUAAAUAUAGAUUGCAUGAAUUAAUCAAAAGAAUGCAUCAGGAAUGUGCCUACAUGAAGCUAGAACAUUACAAGGAAAAGUAGCUGAGGUGACUUGGAAGAAAUUCUCUUGUAAAAGUACAAAAUGUUAGAACUGGAGAGUGUGGAUUUGAGGAAUGGCUGGAAGGCAUUUGGAGGAGGAAUUGGAACAUUUUGUAUCCACAGUGGAGCUGCUAGAAGGGUUUGAUUCAUAUGGUAUGUUUUUUUUUUUUAUUACACAGUAGGGUAAGUGAGCAUGUAGUCAUAGGUGUUAUUUCUGCUGACUUUUUAAAAUGUGAUUUUUGAAGCUCCAAAUAUUAUUUCAGAAGCUCUGUUAUUUUUAAAUAUAUUCUUUUCCAAACAGAUUCAGUGCAAUCUGUCACCUCAGCUUCUGUUUGCUUACUAAAGGUCAGAUUUUAAGGCCGCAGUCUCAGGUUUUAGGCGUGCAAGCUGAAGGCAAAGGGGCGUAUGUGCAAAUUUGUGCUGAUAAUUUGUAAUGGAUGCAGAUUAGAUUAUUUCAGAGUUUAAAUGAUUUGUGAAUGCAGCCAGCUGCUUACUGUAGGUAUGAACUGGAUCGAGCUAAGGCUAUGCUGAAAACUGGGCCUUUGAAUUGUGGAAUUUGGCAUAUGCUUACAAAUAUGUUACAUUGUACCAUUUGAAGUACAGUGCUAAUAAAAUUUCAGAGAAUUUCAAAUGUGCUAGGUUAUAGGAAAAUAUCUUAAACUUCAACAGCAACAGCUGUUGCAAAUAUGGCUGUAAAAAAGAUUUCUUACAAAGAUCCUGUUGGGGACCAGCUAACUUGAUGCGUUUUGCUGGCAUCAUGUAUGUUCCUUUAAGGUCUACAAGGACUGAAAAAAACAUUCUUCAUUUCUAUGUGCAUUUCAAUAAAUGGCUGCUAAAUGACCCUGGAUUCUAUUUGCAGUUUUCCAUGUGAUGCUGCGUUUAGUGGUAAAGAGUAACCUCCAGUACAUUUGUUACUUAGAAGCCCAUUUUUCAGCUCUAAUUGGGGAGUUAAGACAGAAAUCAAAUGCAAAAAUCUAACAAAUAGAGUUUACAACAGAUGCAGUGUGUGGCAAGUUAGAGAGCAAGCCUGUAGAUACUGUGGUUUUACUUUGUUUCUAGGCAGCAGUCAAAACUACCAAAUUACUGCUUUUGUGAGCACAAUUUCAGAAGGCGCCUUUUGAAACCUUUUUAAAGGGAAUUUAAAUGCAGUUUUUCCAUUUGGAAAUGUUUAAGUAAAAUUAGGACGUGUGGAAGUAUUUAAUGACAGUUAAGUUUUAGAAUGAUAGGAAACACAAUAGGAAAAUAGGUCCUCCAGUCUGUCACCUUGCUUAUCCUGGAUGAUUCUGGCAGACAAGGUGUAUAUGCUGUCCCUUUACAAAGAUACCUUCUCAAGUUCCUUUGAAACACCCAAACUGCUUGUCUUCUUUAUGACUGAUCUGGAAAUUUUAGACUCCAGCUUGCAAAUCAGUAGGUAGGUACCCUCCUGCACACUGCUGAAAUCUCUUCACCCAGUUGAAGCAAGUAGGUGUUCGAAGUCCUUUCAGCAGUUUUGUAGGGCUUAAUGUCAGACGAAUGCAGGAUCUGGCUCAGUUUUCUUCUGUUUUCGUUUGAGCCAGUAUGGAAGGAUUUAAAUGGGACUUUAUUUACAGUAGCAACAUGAAUUUUUGAGUAUUAUUUUCUAGUACAAAGCUAGUGGUUAACACGUCUAUUUUUGCUGUCUUGCCAUCAAUACUGUAAAAAUCUAUAAUCAAAACAGCUUUAAUUCUUGUAAAACUGAAAUUGGUUUGUAAAACAAUGUAAAAAUUGUGUUUCAUAGACAGAAAAGCUUGUAUUACUGAAUGUAAUAUAUGUGAAAUGAAUAUAUUAUAGUCUAUUUUUGCCAUGAAAAAUAAAUAUUUGAAGCAACGAUGCAGUUUUAUUGUUCCAUUAUUAAAAGAAAAAUCAGUGCUGUGUGUUCCAGUUUGGAACUUGGCCUUCUGUGCAAAAAGAUGUUAUCCCUCUUUUAAAGCUCUGUGAGUAAUGCCCUGGUUUACAAUAUGAAGAUAAAGCUUCCACUGGCAGGUACUAAUUGUUCUCAUCUUUGAGGUAGAAAAGUCACACGUCUGCCAACCUAACAUCAUUUUUUAAGUUUUUUCUUUUUUGCAUCUUAUAAAGCCAUUCUUAAUAUUGAAUAUUCAAUUUCCCUUUAAGCAGAGCUUACAGAAGUUGAAAAGCCCUUUCCAAAAGCCCAUGAGAAAAGAACAUCGAUUAUAUGACUUAAUGAGUAAUAUUAUUUACUUAGCAUUAUUGAAGCUGCUACCAAUACUUGUUACUGAAGUUUUUGUUUUGUAAUUGAUAUUUAGUCAAAAAUGGAAGCACACAAACAUAAAAGGAUGUACUUCACACUGGACACCGUAAUUGCAGACCAGGCAAUUUCACAUCCACUGUCCCUGCAGAACGCCAUAUGCACAGACUCAGUUAUCAGGAAAUACUGGGCUUUUAAUUAAGAUUUGUAUUACAGGUAUGCUCUACUUGGUGGCAUUAACGCACAUAAGGUAAAAUAACAUACGUAUGUAUGUAACUGUCUGAUCAUUUCCUAAACCCUGAGAAUUUCCCUGAGGAAAUUCUGUGUGGGCAAAGCACUCUUUUUGGCAUGGGGCCAGAAUCAAAAGAGCAGCCUGUUGUUUAAGUCCAGAAUGGCUGUAGAUAGAUAAAGAUUACGUGAAGCUCAGCAAUGCUCAAUACCUAGCAGGGAGUUUGAUGUCUGACAGUUUCUCUGUUCAGGAUAUAAUGACGUUCUGGUAUUUUUUUGUUGUUGUUUGUUUGUUUGUUUUGGUUGCUGUUAUAUCCACUGCUUUUCUUUAAGACGUCAAUGAUGGCAUAUAAAUGUGUUUUCUCUCUUCCACUGUUGUUCUGAUUGUUGUCUGGAAGUCUGGCUUCUGCAUGAGGACAGCAGCUCAUAGCACUGCAGAAAGAAAUUGCCAGGCUACCUACAGCACCCAGAGGACAACUGAUGAAUGGACACCAUUUGUGAGUAUGAUGGUGACUGCAUGUAUGCAGGUACCAAAAGGAGAACGGUGUUGCAGAGUUGGAGGUGAGUGAGCACUGGAUGUAUGAUGGAUGCUCAUCAGCUCGGCACUAAGCAAGUUACCUUGUGUUGCUCUGGAUGUCAUUGGCUCAGUCUGGCUCUUGGACAGGGUGAACCUUCUGCAUUUGAGUGAUGGCUGUGUUGUGGUUCUGGUGCUUAGGGAAAUGAUUGUUCUGGUAGUUAAAGGCUAGUUCUGUCAUUACUACAGUUGCUUUGAACCUAGCCUCGUUAAUUCAAAGAAAAAGCAAGAGUAAGUAGGAAAUGGUUGAGCUUGGGACUAUUUUAUCACAAAAUAACCUUUGAAUUCUUGGCAUCCUUUGGGAGCUUUUUUGAAGAAAGGACUUCAAGGCUUGUGCCUGUUGCACUCUCUGGAGAAAAAAAAAAAAAAAAAAAAAAAAAGACACAUGGGGAAGCUAGAAGGGAGAGAGCUUAGAAAAAAUCUUUCCUAUUUCUAAUUAAUGCCCACAUCUCCUAGAGAUAAGCAGGACAAUCCUUCAGAAAGAUAUCUAAAUUUAAGCCAAACAUUGGUCAUACUCAACUAACCAAAACAGUGUAACUGCCCUGCAUAUUUUAUGGAUUUAAGGUAUCUGCUGUAAUAGAAAAGCAGGAAAGACAUUGAGGGCUUGCACAUGAGAUUUCUUAAUCUAAGGUUCUUAGUUCAGAUUAUUAUUAUUAGCUAUUUCUAAAAUGAUAGUCAUAUGCCUUAGGUAAAUUUAGAAGGACAUCAAAUCCUUCCACGAACAGACACAGAAUUAUCAUACCCAGAGGCAGAUGAAGAAUUUUCACUGGUGUUAAGUACCUACAAAGAAAGUCCCUGUCAAGCCUGGUUAAUACUGAUAAUCAGUGAUUUGAAGGAACCGCAUACUUUGAUGUGUGCAUAUGUGUGUCUGCUGUCUUCUCUCUGCAUACCAUGCUAUUCAUGAUUGUGGCCAACAAUGUAUUUCCAUUAUCAGAACCUUAAGCAAAAAUACUUCGGAGGUUUAAAAGGUUGAAGACUGUUUUUAGUUUGAUAAUGCUUAAAAUACUGUUUUAGUAGGUAGCUGUAGGUCUCCAUCACUUAAUUUUCGUCAGUCACCAAACAUGCACUUUUCUUCAUAAACUUGGGGAAGCAAUUUAAUUGGAAACUGUAGUUCUUAGGGAGCUGUUCUGCCUCAGUUUUCCAGCUCAAAGAAGACCCAUCCUUUCACUGACUCAUUAUAAAUACAAUGUUGUUUUUAUUUCCUGGUGCUAGUACUCCUGAAAGCUCCCUUGCUGAGGUAGGCCAGCAACAAUAAUCAGUACUUUUGAUUGGAUUUUCUCUGGAGAUAACUUCUGCUUGGAAAAAGUGGCAACACUGUUCAAAUAACAACAUCUGUUUCCUCCUUCGUAAAGAGAGGGGAAACACAGCAUUGUGUCAGUAGUCAGGAUCAAAAUGUAAUUAGGAAAGAGGAGGAAAACACAAUUGUUCGGCAAAAAUAGAAACAAACUUCUAUGGUUGAUGAAAUAUUUGUCUUUUUUUCCCCAAAUUUCUCUUAAGGCUUAAAGGGCAGAAGGAACUGUUGUGUUUGCAGGAUAAAAUGACAACCUUAUCUCUCUGCACAAUGCUGGUCUUUAAAUAAUGACAAAUAAGCAGAACGGAGGCUAAUUUACAUUCACUGUUGAAAGAAACUGGAAAUACUGCUCCAGUAUUACUAGCUGAAUUAUCUCUAUACCUAUGAAGCAUUGUGUUCUCCCCAUGACAAGUUCAGCUUCCGCUGGCACAAGAUCCACUUACAGGCUUUGAAACUGGAUUCCCUGACUGGUGGUGACCCAUGCAACAUGCAAUGGUGCAGUAGAUUAGUUUACCACUCACCUGUUUGCACAUCAAUUGCUUUGCCACUUGGAAUGAAAAUUGAUGAUGAAUGUAUCUGAAUGAAGCAGAUUUCACUUUCGAUAAAGAAAACAGGACUGCUGGAAAUGACUGUGUCAUUAUUUGCACCCUUCUGCAUGCUGAAGUCAUGACCACUUUCACUGCUAUGCUUUAACUUGCGGAAUUUUAAUAUGAAUCUCUUAUUAAUACUUAAUCAGACUUACGUUGACCACAAGCUGAAGUUUGCUGAGUGAUCCUUUUUAUAAGGUAGGUUAUACAACAAAGUAGUGGGAGAAAAUUUCUUAAUUCCGUAAUAGAUCAAUGUUGGAGAACUCAGAGGGAGGGCUUCAGGAGUCAGUGUGGGCAUGGCAGAGGAGCAAGAAGGCUUUGCACCUAGAGAUGGCUCACCACACACUUUAGUUCUAUAUAUAAACCAUAUUUGGAGGCAACAGCCCUAGCCCGUCACUCUGUGUUAAUUUUUUUUUUCAUAUAAUACACAACCCAAUUGUCUGGGUGCAUUCUGCUCUUCACUUCUGGGCUAAGGAAGAUAAAGGGAGUUGUUCUGGGGAUGGGAGAAGGGUUUCAGUCCCUUGUGAUGAGGGAGAAACGAUCCUGGCACUGAGUCAGUGCUGUGGCUGUGUCUUCUCAAUGAGACAGGCUCUGAUGGAGCAGUGCAAAAUCCUCACAUCAUCCCUACUUUUCAGUGAGCCAGGGGACUCAGGCUGCAGGCCAGACUUGUAAGAUAGCCAGCUGAGCAUGGCAGACGAAAGACCCAUCUGCUCAGCCACGUGUAUGUGGGUAAAAUAAAACACACUCUGCUGUCACUGUCAACAAGGGUGAUUUAUCAUUAGGACCAAGACAGCCAGGAAAGUGCCUUUUCGUUUUCUUGGAAAACAUGCACUGUACUGCAACACUGGUGAGUUCCAGAAGCAUUGCUUUUAUUUGGCUUUUUGAAAGAGCUUUUGGGAGUGUUUUGUUCUUUGUUUUUUCCCCAGAAAAGCUUAUGCUUCACAAUGAAGCAAUGGUCUGUGGUUACUGGAGCUUUUGGCACACUACAUUCAGAUGCUGAGCUUACAAGUUUAAUAGUUUACCAGAAGCUCUUGAGCCACAGAGGAGGUAGCUACACAUGCAGGUUGAUAAGCUCUACCAUUUGGGUUUGUCCAGCUCUUCUUGGACCUUUUUUUUUUUUUUUUCUAAACCCAAAACUCUCUGCAGAAUGCUAUACCAAGGUUGCCAUCAAUGCAAGAAACUGGACUGUGUAUUUUGGUGUUAUGCACUGUGAAAACUGUUGCAGUCUUCACUUCCAGAAUUACCAGCUAAAUCAUGGACAAGUAGGAUUAAGUAGCUUAAGAGCUGUGCAUAAAACAAGCUGCACGUGUACGGAAUAGUUUAAAAGCUGCUGUAUGCAACAGCUAGAACUGUAUGUCUGUUUCUGACAUGAGAUCAGCUAAUAGAGCAAAACGGUUUUUACACCUGUUGAUGUACGGAAUAAGACAAUCCAGUUCACAGCUGCGAAAGGAGGAAUGACCAGCUAGCAAUAUCAGAAAGAAAUGCUUAUUUUUGGAAAGUUGGCUGUCACUAGUCAAGCCUUAUUUCAUUCAAGCUAAAGCAAGGAAACCUUGUUUGCUAUGUUCUACAGGUACUGUGAAAAGAAAAAAAAUAAUGAGAUAAGAACUUCAUGCUCCAGUGGGAUUUAACAUCAAACAAUGGCAGAGCAUGAAGAGAGGAAAUAAUGCUGCCUUCUUCCAGGCUGAACAAACAGUUCUGUCUCUGCUCUGCAGCUGAAGAGGACCACUAAGAUUUAAUUAAGCUCUGUCACAAGAGGGCUACUAGGAGCCUUUAUUCUACAGCAAAGAGCACGAGUGAGGGAAAGUGAGGGAAGAGGCAACCGUAAAACAUGAACAACCUGCUUUGCACUCAGAAAGAAAGGGGCAAGAAAGUAGAAGAUUGCAGUCUGGUGUUCUAGCAAAAGGCUUCCAAAGGAGCUUCUUGAGAAUCUGACUGCAGUUCAUAAUUGCAAGUCCUCAGCGGGAGUACAUAAAAGUAAGUAGUGCUUGUUGGCAGCCUCCAUUCCUUUCAAAUGACAACUCUGGAAUACAAGUCCUUGUUUGUGUGAUAUGUGACUUUUACCUCUUUGAAUCAUUGAAACUCAGGUGUUUUUUCACUUCUAAACUCUGUUGCUACCUCCCCAGUCCCCCCCCUUUUAAAAAAAAAACAUUUAAAUGCUGUUUUGCAUUCAUGGCAUCUUUCUAAAUAUCCCAAAGUAUCCAACUAAUUAAGCUCUAUAGAAUCAUCCUCCACUUUAGUAAUGAACAGAAAAUAACAAGACUGAUACAACUUUCAUGAUUAUGUAAGAGUUGUCAUGCAGUCUGAAGACUGUCAUUUGUGGUUCCAUCUAUCAAAGAUGAUCUGUAUUACAUAUUUGAAGUUAGACAAGAACAAGACUAUCUAAAGUAUAUAGAUAUCAGACCACUUUCCUGAGGUCAUAUGAGAGAUCACUGACAAAAUUGAAUCUCCUUUAAAUCUCAUCAAAUCUAAGAGCAAAAAUUUGGUGAGAAUUCACCAACUCCACAUUCUAAUCUUUCUAAUUUGUUCCAGACAAAUUUUAGUCCAAAAAAAGAACUGAAAAUGUUUAAAGUGUAGCCUGUGGAUAAUAGCAAUUUAUCUUACCUCCACAGUUAUAGAGAAUUUUCUUCAGAUUUGGAUUGAUAUGGAAGUUGUUAACUGUUAAAUAUAAAUUCAUAUAUCAGGUUUACUAUAGAAUGUGAAGUGUAUUCUGAGUCCCUCUAUAUUGUUUGAUCACUUCUGAGGGCUUCUAGUUUACUGUUCCGAACUAGCAGAAAAAUCGUGUAAAUAUACUUACACAGCCUUAAUAUUCAUCCUUGCUGAAAGCUGCUCAGAAUACAAUGAUGCCUCUCUAAUCAGAAAAAUCAGAGGGUAAGAAACAGUGAAGAGCAACAUUAUCAAAACCCUGCAUAGUACCUUGCAUCUCAUGCUCUUCUGAAAUCAUCUGCCUGUCUUGUUCCCCUGCUCCUUGGGGGAUUUAAAAAAAAACAACACCAGAAGUUCUGAAACCCUGCUCCAAUAGAAAAAUUGACUACCUACCCUGAAGCCUGAAAGGCAAUAGUUGAAGAGUAUUACAGUACCUUAGUAGAUGCAGUUUUCUGAAUGAUAACUCAAAAAGAGGUAUCCAUCAUCCAGACAAAGUGCUUUUACCUGAACAUGAUUUGGUACUUAAUUGGGUAAGGCUCCCUGUGUUAUUUGCCACAUAGUAGACUUCAGGAAGGAUGAAUACCCAAUUGAUAAUCUUUGGCACACGUCUAUAAAUGAACUCUGACAGACCUAUCUUAAAUGUACCAUAUGGAGUUUGCAGAUCAUCAAUUGAAAUAAUGGAGUUUAUAGAGUAAGCUAACUUAAUACCUGAAUUACUAGAAGAGAUAUUUGUUUUUAUUAAAUAACAGCUGUUGCAUUGAAGUAAGAAUAGUAAGAAAAGUAACCCAUUAGAUUUCUGUGCAAAGGCCACAGAGUAAAUCAGCAAGUAAAGCAUGAUUCUGUUCUCCAGCAAUGAGGAGAAUGAACUAGGCAUCCUUGGUUCAGGACUUCAUUUUCAACCCUGUUCUUGUAUUUAUGACAGUGCUCUAAUGUUCAGCGUUAAAGUUUCAGAAAAGGAUGUGGAAAAUACCUUAGGCCUGGAACUUUGGCAUCUCUUAGAAUGAAAAGCCUAGAUUUCUGGAAACUCAUUUUCUGAAAGGGUAUGCCAAUACAGCUACAGUACAUUAAACACACAGUUUAUAAGCUCACAGUUAUAUACAGAACUAAAGUUGUAUUAAGUUCUCAUUAGUCUCACUCCUUAAAAAAAAAAAAAAAAAAGACAAAACAUGAAAAAUCACAUGUAUUUCAGAUGUCUCUUUCUUAUUAUUAAAUGCAUCUCCUUUUCACCGCCUUUACAGUGGAAUUUCAUCAAAAGAAAACUAAAUUGUGGAGUUGGAAAAGGCCAUUCAUCAAAAACUAACAAGUUCUAUCCUUUAUCUGCACUUGGAAAGCUACAAGAUUUAGAGAUGUAUUAGAUCUCUACGGCGGCUUUCAAGGUAAGCAGAACAUGAAUACCAGUGCCAGCCACUGUGGAAAUUCAGACAUUUUGUUCCCAUAAAUUUGAAAGGAACCUAGUACUAAAAUGCUUGAACAGUUUAGAAAGCUUUAUCAUGGGAAUAGAUGUCUAGCAGAAAUUAAAAUAAAGUUAAGUCUGAACACUAACGCUAGCCAAACAGAAGUGUUCCCAAUCCAUUUUUUGGCUGUAUUUACAGAGGAUAAAUAAAAUAUCCACAGUAAUUAUUCUGAAUUGAGAAUAGACAUGAUUCUAUGUAUUAUAAAGGCAGUCGUAUGAACUCAUGCCACCCACAGCCGUAAGAUCUUUGCAAUUAAAAGGCAAUGAAGAUUUGCAUUCAAGAAAAAAAAAAACAUUUUCUUUGCAUGAUGUGUUAAUUAAUGAAUUGGAAGGUAAGAGACUGUGGGGACAACAGGGGAGGAAGACAUGCAUACUUAAUUCUUUAGAAUAAAGUUAAUUCUUUAGAAGACAGAAAGCACAAAUAUACACCAUACAGAACAGUAAAUAGUAUAGUAGCAGGUAGCAAAAUUCCACAGUUGUAAAACAAAGUUUUAAUCUCUGUACCUGAUCACAUCAGUCUGUGUUUCAGCUUCCACGUGUUGCUUGCAGUGCUUUUUCCUUUUCCUUUGAGCAGCAGUGUAAUACCUAUACCCAAGCAGGGCAGAUUUAGCAUCUGAUAUUAAGGUGCGUGGAGUAAAAGGUUUCUGGCUGCUGGUAAAUAAUUCUGAGUGUCUGUCCAGAAGAUCCCCACUGUAUAUUUUGGAGUUGCUUUCCUGAUGCCUCUGAGAACGACUGAUGCUUGCAAAGCUAUCAGAGGAGCAACGGCUUGAAACUCCAGAGCGUUUUCUUGGUGUGCUUGACAUACUGACACUUGAGUUUGAGUUAGAUGCAUUAGAUCUAUUCCGAGAACGUUUUCUGGCAUAUUCCACUGGACUGGAGCAAAGCAAGCCAAGCUCACCGUAAGGUGACAGUGCUCUUGCCAGGCAUGGUGUGCGCUCAACACAGGAGAACAGACUGUCUUUAUCUUCUACUUCCACAGGACUCUAGAAAAAAGUUAAACCAAGGUUUGAUUGCUUUGCAAGCGACCAGCUUUGUUCAAGUUGAUACCUCAGCUAUUUUUGCUACCAACUCGGAGGUAUUUUUGACCUAAAAUGAAACUGGUUUCAGAGCAGCUCCAGCACUAACAAGUAACUAACACUUGACAGCCUGAUGGGAAAAGAUUGACAUUACCUUAUCUUAGAUCAAAACCUCAGAACAUUUUUAGAAGUCAAGGAGCUAAUAAUCAUUGAAUUGAGACAAAUGAUUUUAUCUGGGUAUGCUCUGUUGGUUCUGCCCACACAAAGUAAGGUAAAUAGAUAUUAUCCACGGUUAUCCUGACGACACUACCUAGAUUCUCUUCACGUGUGGAUUUGUUGCCUCUCUCUCCAAACCCUAUUAGAUUCAAGAUUUAUCACACAGCAGCUGUUUUUAUAAAAUAUACAUUCUGCAAGGGGCACCACUCACUGAUUCAUCUUAGACUGAAAAGGAAACUACUGUAAUGUGGUUUAAGAUACAGAGUAAGGAAAUUGUAACUAGCUGCUUAUUCCCUGCAUAACCCUUUUCUUUCACCUGUGGGUGCAAGAUGCACAUCCUUUGUAGGGCUGCAAAAAAAACUUUCCAACAAUUUAAAUUUUUGUUGUGUUAAUUCUUAUGAGAAACAGCAUACUAAUGGAGAGACAAGAAUCCUGAGUUGGAUGGGGCCCACAAGAAUCACCGAGUCCAAUUCCUAACUACACGCAAGACUACCCAAAAAUCAAAUCCUCUGUCUGAGAGCAUCCAAAUGCUCCAUAACUUCUGGCAGCUUGGUGGUGUCUCUCUCCUGACACAGCUCCAUGCCAUUCCCUUGGGUCCUGUCAUUGUCAUCAGAGAGCAGAGCUCAGCACUGCUCCCCUGCAAGGAGCUUUCAUGAGGCCUCCCCUGAGCCUGCUCUGCACUGGACCAACCAAACCAAGAGACUUCAGUUGCCCUCAUAGCUUUUGUCCACCAGAUACUUCACCAUCUCUGUAGUUCUACUUUAGAGUCUCUUUAAUGGUUUUAUGUCUUUUUUAUAUUGUGGAGCCCAAAACUGCACAGUGCUUGAGGUGAGGCUGCACAAUGUGUGACAAAUCUUAAGGUUAUACCAUGCAAGCCAUAUAAUAAGAGACAAAAUAACAGCUAGAAUAGAAUAACAUCUGACAAAGCCCAAUUCAAAGCCAACAGCUACAAACUUAAAUUGUUUCAGUUCAUGUCUAAUCAAAUAGUCAGAUAUUGCAGAAACUGUUCCUUACAGUCAGUUUGCAUAGCUACACAGCAACUACACAGCAUCAGUAAAUUCUGUAAGAGUUAAAUGGAUGUAUACAAAUAGAGAUGUUUCAUAUGACAAUUUCUAAGGCCAAUGAGGGAACACACUUUUAACAGACCUGAAGUUCAAGUUCAGAUAGGCUAAUACAGAAAUUAACUUGCUGAUAUAACUCCCAUCUGAACAAAUAAUAGGAAUUUUGCAAGAUAAUCAAUAGCUGCUGCGAGACUUCUGAAGCCUUCUACUUUGAGGAUGUAAGUAUGCUAAGGGAAAAGACACUUGGAAAUUUUUGUAUGUUUGUUGUAAACUCAAGACACUGUAGCCUGGUAAUAUAAAUUAUAAUAAUGUCUGAUAGAUUAACCUGUGUAAAGUUUGGUGAUCAUAAAUGCACAGAAUUUCUAUUCUACCAUUCAAUUUCUACAAUAAAGCUUCUAAGAACACCCAAGUAAUGACUGUUACUGCAAAAAUGUUGGAUUUCUGCAUAGCUGCUACUGUUAAUGCUUUGAACCUACACUAUUCCAGUUUUUACCUUUAGAACUGCUUUGUAUUUUAAAUUAAAACUCAAGAUAAUCAGAAUAUACUUUAUAGUAUGCAGUAAAAGCUAUUUAAAAGGAAUAUUAAAGAAUGUAGCUAAUCAUCAAAAUUAAAUCAGAACACACUGCUAUCAUGCUGUUUAUUUUCUUCACAAUUCCACACAUUCCUCCCAAAUUAGUAGAACAAUCUGUUCCAAUACCUCAGAAUUUGGACAACCACUGAUGCAAAGAGGUGAUUUUAUUUUUAGUUAGCCGAGCCAAAAAAGCCCUUCUUGAUGGUGUCUCACAUUUGCCAACUUAAUUUUACCACUACAGCACAAUUAAAUGCUGAACUGAUAACAUGCAAUAACAAUGCCAAACAAAUGCCUGUGUUAGCAAGCAGCACAAUUAAGGCUUACCAGAGUGAUUGUUUGCAUAUAAAAUAGUUGCAGUGGUAGCUCUGCACUACAGAAAACAAAUAAGACUGGAAAGUUCCAGAAUCCACCUAUAGAGACAUUUAUUUUGCAAAGUUAAUUCCACACCUUUCCAUAUGUAUUAUAAACAGCUUUUUUUGGUUGUAUACUUUUUACUUUCAGUGACUGGAGCUGCAAAAUAGAUCAGACUGCAGAAGCAUUUGCUAACACGGGAUGAUGACUGCUGCCUCAUCGUAUAGGAAGAAAAAGAAACAGCCAAAAAACAGAACGAAACAUACUAAUGAGAACUACUACUCAUGAAAGCCACACAAUCUAUUUCAUGGAUCUAGUUGAACUGAUCUUAAAACAAGACAAAAGGAUAGAGUAAACACGGCAAUAUACUGUAAGCUUUCCUUAUUUUUGAGGAAUUUAGGAAAUUCUUCUCUUCUAAAAUAUGCCAUAAGCAGAACAGACAUAAUGACUAGCUAAGUAGAUCCACAAACCCUACCUGUAUUUGUGUCAAUCUUGAGUUAUAUUCAUUCAAGUACUUAGAAAGAUAAUGUAUUUUGAACCCCUCAUCCUUGGCUAAACCUUUAUUGCUCAAACACAAAGGGAACAAAGCCUCUGGAUAUACAGAGAGACAGUAUCAGGAACAGGGAACUAUGUGGCUGACUUCAAAAAGAUUUGAAGGAAUGCAGCAUAAUGCUGUUUGUCUGUAAUUUGUCGAUGUUUUAGAAAAGUCACUUGUAAGUAAAUAUGUUAAUCUACCAUCAUAGCUCAUACCUUAUCAUCUGUAUUGUCAAGAGACAGAAACUGGAAUUUGGUAAUAAAUAAACAUUUGAUUCUUUUAACUUGACACAGCUCAAUCUGUAAGUCACUACUACUGCUGUAAGUCAACUGAAUUCCUGCUUUCUGCUCCUCAGACAGAGUAAAUGGUUUCAUUUAUUAAGUGA